CGGACUACAUUACAUAAUUAGUUUGAGUUUAACAUUUGUGUUGUACGCAACUCAACAUGUUGAAAGUACCUCUCUUGCUCGGAGUAAUUCUGGUGGUAUUUGUGGCUGAGUCAACCUGCCAGCGGUUUAUUCAGCCAACAUAUAGACCGCCGAGACAACGAAAACCUGUCAUACGCCGGGUCCGGGAAGUGGGUGAACUGACACCAAUAGUGAUAGACAAUGUUUCAUACCUAUCAUUAGACGAAGUGGAAUUACUGGAAAGGACUGUGAGGAGCUUAGACUCGCCCAGUGCGAAACGCGGAGGUGGCAGCCAUUCGACGUCAUCAGGAAGCCGUGAUACCGGAGCCACGCAUCCGGGAUAUAACCGUAGAAACGCACGGAGCCUCGACUCACCCAGUGCCAAGCGAGGCAGACGUAACACACGAGAAAUUAGACUGCCCGGUCAUCUCAAUCCUCUCAGGCCGAAGCCUUUGUACCCGCGACCAAGUGUUCCAGCACCAGUACCACGCAUUCCCAUAUAUGCCAGAACUGCUCGUGAUAUUCAAAUCCCUGGAAUAAGGAAGCCCACGCACCGUGACGUAAUUAUUCCGAACUGGAAUCCCAAUGUCAAAACGAAUCCUUGGGAUCGUAUUGGGGGGAGAGGACGACAUGGAAGGAGCAUUACCGAGGUUACUAAUGAUAUCGAAAUUGUAGAUGUCCUGCAUGAAAGAGUUGCUAGAGACAUUCAAAUUAAUGGUCUGCCGAGGAAGCCUACGCAUCGCGAUGUGAUAAUUCCGAACUGGAACCCCCAUGCUCGCACCAAGCCGUGGCAGUCGCUUGGAGGGGCUGGUCGUGGUCAUUGAUACUAGGAAGUGCUAAUUAAAUCUAA